CUUUUCACGUACGUUCUACGUAUAGAAGAUCCCCAUGCAUGCAUGCUUUAAUUAUACUAGAAAAGACCCAAAAUUAUCAUUGAUCAUCGCUAUUCAACGAAAAAAUAGGGUUAAUAUCUAAUUACAAGUUAAAUGAAACAAAACUAACAUUUCGGCCUUCAUUCUUGUCUCUCUCAUGCAUGCCGCUGCUCUCGGAUCACGAGAGCAGUCAAUUCAAAUCAAAAGUACGUACGCCAGCCACCGGAAAUAAUUCAAAACCACACCAAUGCCGCAAGCUCCAUUAAUCCUCUGCUCCAUAGUUUUCUCCACCUAUCUUCUCCUCCUAGCUGCCGUCUCGGCGCAACCCAACACCCAUCAGUUUAAACUUGGCCAUCGCCCGGUAUUACAUAGGAGACUUGGUAGUGGUUUUGAUAAUGCCGUAAUUAACGCGACGGAAAACCAACUUUUCUAUGCACAAAAAGCAACAAGCAAGAAUGGCCACCUAGGGCAUAGGAAGGAGCAGCACCACCAUUCGAUUUCGCAGGAGUUCCUCUUUGCCCACAAUAAAGUCAGGCAGCAUUUUAAUGAGCCGCUGCUUAAAUGGGACAAGAAACUUGCUCGCUAUGCCCGCCGAUGGGCCACAAAGCGCUCCAAUGACUGUAAGAUGAUCCACUCAUACGGUCCGUACGGUGAGAACUUGUUUUGGGGCAAGCGAGACCACUGGACACCGACGGAGGCGGUGCAAUCGUGGGUUAGGGAGCACAAGUUUUAUAAUUCAGGGAACAACGAAUGCCUUCCUGGUGAAAUGUGCGGGCACUACACACAGGUUGUGUGGAGGGACACAGCAAGGCUAGGAUGCACGCGCAAGAAGUGCCAAAAUGGAGGUUUGUUUGUUAUUUGUGUAUAUGAUCCGCCUGGAAAUUACGUUAACGAGAGCCCCUUUGGAACGAUUAACCCAACUACACAGCCAUUAACACCAUAAUCUUCAUCGCCUCCAUAGCCACAACCACCGUCGAGUCCAACCUGCAGGGUGCGCAAGCAAGAUCAAGUGCUUUAGUGGAUUCGGUAUCGAUCGAGACGUAAAAGCAGAUAAUACGCGUUGGUCAGGCGGCUUAUAAUUAUAUAUAUAUAUAUGCUUUGCAGCUUUUGUUUUUCCUCGUCUUAUCUUCUUGCUUAAUUAAGAAAUUUCAUUUUAUGAUCAUAAAACCAAUACAGCAGAUCAACAACCAUUGGUUUUAUGGAUUCCAUCAUAUAAAGCUAACGUUAAUAUUUACUAAAAAGCAUUGCUAAUGUGUCUUGUUUCAGAACGUGUAACGUUCAAAUUUUGGUGGAGUUUAUAUCAAUCUCUAAUAGGUUUGUCGUGCAGUACUUUUUCUAUGAUAAUUAUUUUUUAUUUUCUUGGAGUUAUUGAGGCAAUGAUCUUGUCCUUAGUCCAUCCGGUAGGUCUAAUGCCACGAAUUGAAUUGUAUAUCUAUGCACAAUACCCACAAAAUUGAUUUU